ACAAAUGAAAACAUAAGCAUUCAUCAAGAGCACUGAGAGAAGAUAAAUUACAAGUAACUACAUGCCAACACCCGAAGAGAAUCCAUCAGACAAACGCUCGACUCGCAGGCUCGCUCUGAACAGUCCUUGCGGAAAGUUCAAAAGCGAACCAAAACGUCAUCGAGGCCCUACGAGAAGGCCAUGUUCUCAGUCGAACGAGCGAGCGCGAAAGUCAUCGAGUGGAUUUGAAGGAUGCGGCAUUUGUAAAAAUGCGAGACUCGGUCAGUUUCUAUAAAAAGAUCCUGAUGAGUAUGUAUCUGA